AUCCAAUCACUUUUCUUGUCCGUAAAAAAACAGGGUAUCUAUAAAGUUAUUAUAAAAAGGAAUAAAAACACAAAGCGAAUUGCUUGUCUGUUGAUUUUACCAUUGAAUCAUCAACAAAUGGGACCUUUUACUUCAGUACGUGGUUGAAUCACGAUCUUCUUAUGCGUUUAAAAUAAAGUCGGGUCAUUUGAAAGAUGUCUAUUUCCAGGACUAACUCAUGUCAUCUAUUAAUAUGUCCUUCAGAGACUUAAAUGGUUACGUAUAGUUGUUGUUUAACUUUGUAUUUGCUAUAGUGCUUGCUUAUAUGAAAUUAUUUAAAUAGCAGUAAUGACAAACGUUCAAGCUGAAAGUGUUAUUACUAGAAUAAUUAAACAAAUAAUACAACAAUGCAUUUCAAGAGGACAUGACGUCUCUGAGACCCUUGUGGCAUUUAUUGUCAAAGCAGUUGUUCUUGAUCCUGCUUCGGGAUUUCUACCCGAUAAACCACUGGAUAAUGAGGAUAUAAAGAAACUGAUUGAAUUAUGUGUUAACAGGGUAACUGAUCAAGAAUCACCAUCUGUUGAUACAAUAAAAAUGCAAGUAUUCUUCGAAAUAAAUCAUCUCAAAAAAGGUGAUUUAAUAUCGACUUUUGUUUUAUAAAAAUGUUGAUUUAUUUACACUGACUACAAAUCGCAAGAUUUUGAUGAUUUUAUGACCUCGGUUAACCUAACAUCAUCUACAUGACACUAACUUCUUCAACAUCAGUCAUGUAUGACUGCCAUGAGAUCAAUAGUGAAUCACUAGGUCGUUCACUUGAAAUUUCAUCUUUCAAUAUACAUAUGAGCACAAACAUUGGAUUAAGGGCUCUGAAGUUUUAGGUUACAUUCUUACAGAGUCCUCUUACAAAGUGGAAAUGAAUUUUUUAAAUCUAGUGGAAUCAGCAAAACUAUAUAUUUUUGAUUCAAUCUGAUGCACGCUUUGACGUGGAAGCAAAAUAUAGGGAGAACUACUCGUUCAUCUGCUUGGUUUUUGGAAUAAUUAAAUUCUGACGUCUCAGGGGUUAUUUUGUUAUACACUUCUUUUGUAGACAUAGUGAUUCAUAUGGUGAAUGGACAAUGAAGUCAACUUUUUUAGCAAUUAAACACUAGUGUGAAAAUUCUGUUAUACAUUGAUUUAUGCUCUACUAGUAAUCACCUUUCUAAAAAUGACAAAUGCAAAAAAUAUGAAUUAUUUCUGGUUUAUAAUCCACUUUUCUCUAAGAGUAUCAAAUACGUAAAUUAUAUAUUGUAAUUCACUUGACAAAUUAUGUUAUGGAAAGUAUCCUUAUAAUGUCACAUUCAUACAUUUUACCAUCAUAAUUGACCCUCUUUUAUGGUAAAAACUCAUUAUUAAAGAAAGCUAAAUACAGUUAAUUACGAAAAAUCGACUUGAAACUUUAUUGUAAUUAGGAUUGCGUACAAUAAGAUAGGACAGCACACAAAGUUAAUUAACAAUUACAGAUGUUCACUGUGCGACAACUAAACUAAUUGUGUGCAUCAUUAACUUUAGCUUUCCACAAGUUAGCCCAUAUCUGUCGCAAAAGCUUAAGACCUGUUUGGUAAUCCUUUAUUUUAAUCCUUAAUAGUGUAAAAUAUGAUUACUUCAAGUGUUCUGAAAUCCAGGAUUAAGGACCAUUUAUUUGUAAGUCGAUUAUAUAAGGUGAAUAAAUGUUAUCCAAUAUAAAUUUUUGGCACUAUUUCGUUCCAUAUUACACUGAUCAGAGGGACAUCGAGGAGGCGAAUUAUUUUCUAAUGACUUGAAGCAGAGUAACUUGGCGUUGUGGCUAGACCAACCUCUCCCAGAAUGGUUUGAUUAAUUUGAUCCAUCACUGGGUAAAAACGAACAUUAUUUUAUCUCUUCUCGAAUACUGAUUCAAAUAUAUAUGAAACGUUUACGUAAAGUCAUUCAAUUGAACGCUAGAUUCAUUUUAGCGUUGGUGUGUCAUACGAACCCUAAAAGUAAUCACGUACCUAUAUCUUUGCUCAAAUUAUUCCAAUAUAACUGCCGAAUAAUUUCCAGAUGAAUUCCUAAACGAGCAUCAUCGCGUACUGGAAAAGCGUUUAGAACCUGUAUUACGUGAAGUUAUAGAGAGUCGAGCAAAAUUACGGGAGGAACUAGAGGCUACUUAUCAAAAUAUUAUAUCAGCUUUAUUAUUAAGGUCGGGUCUUGGAUCUCCAACAAAUAUGGAUGUUAUCAGAGAAACUACAGCUGCACUUCAAAGUAUAUUUCCACAAACAGAUAUUGCAAGCUUUUUGUCAGCCAAUGCUAAUCAAAAAAGAAAACAACUAUAUGAAUUUACUGGUCUGGUCACUGGUAUACGUCUGUAUAACAAAGAUUGUAAUAAAGGAGGAGCUGGAAUUGAUGAUCUUCCGCAUUUAUUGAGUGAAGGAGUGCCCAUAACACUAGAAACAAUUAAUGAAGAAAUUAAAAAAUCAGAUGAACUUGCUGCUAUUUACACAAGUCUUUUCUUGAAACUAUCUACUAUUGACCCAACUACUGAUGUUAAAGCUUUAAUAAAGUCUGCUAAGGAGAUGGAUAUUACACCGGAACACUUGCGAGCUUCCGUAGUCAAUGCUAGACAGUACGGAAAAUUUCUAAGAAUUAUUGAAUGCGAGCUUAAUCAAAUGUUGAAAGACAUAGAGAAAAUAAUUGAUAGCUUUAAAAGUUGUAUGAAAAAAUUGCAUAUUCUAAUAAGUGAUCGGCCAGCCGUUCCAAGUAACGAAGUUUAUCCUGGAUUCCUACAGCUUGCUAAUUAUUGGACAAGUUUUCAAGAUGAAAUGGUUUUCUUAUCAGUAUUAACCAGUACUUUAAAUACCUUACAAACAUAUUUUGUUGGACGUCAGUUGAAAUGGACCAAAGAACAAAUGUAUAAUUUUAUCUCGGAUAAGGAAGUUAUAUUCGACGAAGAUCGUAAGCAUCAUGAUCCAUUAAGUGAAGAAUACUGUGGUGGACAUCAGUGUGUAUUCCCACAUUCUUCUUCAGAAGAGAUUAAUCUUAAUAUUGAGUGCGAAGGAUUUUGCAUCUGGUCAUUAGUACGUUAUCAAGGUCUACUAGUACCAGCUGAUAUUCAUAUGGGAGUUUUGCUCUUACCUCCAGAUAAUAAAAUGUAUGCAUUUAGCACACCUGAAGCAGCAAAAGAAUUUGUGAUGGAAACUGAAAAAAUGGUCAAUUUCAUGAAAAUACAAGUCCUAAGGUCGACUGUGGUGUCCAAACAGUACUGCACCCAAUAGAAACGUAUAUUGAUAAAAACUAUUAUUGGAAUGAGUGGGAACUGAGGAAAAAUGCUUUAAAGUUGGUAAAUUUAAGAAAAAAGGCCACAACUUCUGUUCAAACAAUUUUAAGCAAUUGGAGAAGAGACAAUGCAACUCAAGUUUAUCCGAUGAAAGAAACUAGUACAGCAACCAAAAAGGAUGGUUAUACACAAGUACCGAGACCAAGCGUAUUUAUACAUGGACUACGUGGUUGUGGUGCUAUUGGUUCAGCCCCGAAUGCAACUAACGUAGUGAAUAACCAAGCAAAUUGGACAACAUUAUAUCGUGAAACAGCUGCCACAACAGUUGAUUUAACUAUACCUGUGGAACAACAGUUAUUGGGGAACUUACAGAAAGUAACAGUUGGUCACAACGUAUGAUUAUAGACAGUAAAAAGAUUGAUAGUAACGAAGACUUUAUUCAGAAUUCAUGCAGUGUUGAGCUAAAAUAUGGCAGAUUACUUGCAAAUUGGC